AUGAGGGAAGCAGGGAUGGGGGUCGAGGGGGCGGUCCUGGGCGGGGCCAGGCAGAGCCUGAUUGGUGGUCCUGGGAGGCUGGUCCGCCCCCUGCUGCCUGACCUGCACCCAGAGCCUUGCCAACUGCCUCCCAGAGUUCCAGAAAGUGCCUGGUGAGUGUCUGAGAUGCCGCUGCCACAGAAGAAGCGCUGGGAGUCCAUGGCCAAGGGGCUUGUGCUGGGAGCACUCUUCACCAGCUUCCUGCUACUGCUGUACUCCUACGCCGUCCCCCCGCUGCACACUGGCCUGGCCUCCACCAGGACCCCCGAGGGCUCAGCACCCUGCUCCCCGGCCCUGAGUGAGCCAGAGGCACCGACCCCGGCCAACGGCUCGGCGGGAGGCUGCCAGCCGAGGCGCGACAUCGUGUUCAUGAAGACGCACAAGACAGCCAGCAGCACGCUGCUCAACAUCCUGUUCCGCUUCGGCCAGAAGCACGGGCUCAAGUUCGCCUUCCCCAAUGGCCGAAACGACUUCGACUACCCGGCCUUUUUCGCGCGCAGCCUGGUGCAGGACUACCGGCCUGGGGCCUGCUUCAACAUCAUCUGCAACCACAUGCGCUUCCACUACGACGAGGUCCGGGGCCUGGUGCCACCCAACGCCACCUUCAUCACUGUGCUCCGCGACCCCGCCCGCCUCUUCGAGUCCUCCUUCCACUACUUUGGCUCCGUGGUGCCCUUCACGUGGAAACUCUCGGGCCGCGACAAGCUGGCCGAGUUCCUGCAGGACCCAGACCGCUACUACGACCCCCACGGCUACAACGCCCACUACCUCCGCAACCUGCUCUUCUUCGACCUGGGCUACGACAGCGACCUGGACCCCGGCAGCCCGCAGGUGCAGGAGCACAUCCUGGAGGUGGAGCGCCGCUUCCACCUCGUGCUCCUGCAGGAGUAUUUCGACGAGUCGCUGGUGCUGCUCAAGGACCUGCUGUGCUGGGAGCUGGAGGACGUGCUCUACUUCAAGCUCAAUGCCCGCCGCGCCUCGGCAGUGCCGCGCCUCUCCGGCGAGCUGUACCAGCGCGCCACAGCCUGGAACGUGCUGGACGCCCGCCUCUACCGCCACUUCAAUGCCAGCUUCUGGCGCAAGGUGGAGGCCUUUGGGCACAAGCGCAUGGCCCGCGAGGUGGCCGCCCUGAGGCGCGCCAACGAACGCAUGCGCCGCAUCUGCAUAGACGGUGGCCACGCGGUGGACGCCACCGCCAUCCAGGACUCGGCCAUGCAGCCCUGGCAGCCGCUGGGCACCAAAUCCAUCCUGGGCUACAACCUCAAGAAGAGCAUUGGGCGGCGGCACGCGCAGCUCUGUCGGCGCAUGCUCACGCCCGAGAUCCAGUACCUGAUGGACCUGGGCGUCAACCUGUGGGUCACCAAGCUCUGGAAGCUCAUCCGGGACUUCCUGGAGUGGUGA